UUGUGGUUGUGAUCAUCAAGCGGCUGUCAUCUCAACCAACAGGCAGGUCGAGCGAAGCAACGCAACACCUAUCGCAAAUUCGUCAACUCAAGUAUGCCAGCUACUCGCUCCCAUUGUCAAAAUCCUAUAUCUUCCGCUAAUCUAGAGCCCAAUCAGGUUGAUUGUCAGUCCAGCAUGGAGCUCAUGUUGCCGUCGGACGAAGACUGUAUCCCUGCUUCCGUUCCGAGUAACAACUCAGUCCCAACAGCUCGUAAUCGAAAGAUACCUAACCACCUAGUGCUCAGCCCACCUUCAACUUUCUUGGACUCUCAGCUGAAGAUUCAGCUCACACAACCGAACGAACCUGACGUGCCAGGAGACAUGAUGAUACCCAACCAGCCUACCUUGCAACAGGGUCAAGAAGCACCUCAGACAAAGUCCGCAUAUCACGUCAAAAUGGGAAACCGCUACUCGUGCCCACGUACUCCGUUGAGAUCAGCGGGCUCUAGCUCUGGCCUUACCCCAACCAUUAAUCGAUGGCGACAUAGUGGAACGGAAUCUGAGUCCAGCAAUCGUUCUCCAAGCAUACCUGAUUUUACUCAAAAUGAUUUCGGACACUCUGUCGAUGGGUUCAAUUCGCUUCUCUCUUUAUCUUUCUCCGGGAGCCCCAAUUCGGAUCAGAAUGGCAAGUCAGGUUCUUUUUCUACGCCCACGACUCUCAGCCCAGAAUCUUGUCCUAGUGAGGCUGGCUCGAUGUACUCGAAUGAUUCAUACCAAGGUCAAAGAAGCCAAGACCAGGAAACUUCACAACAGUUCACACAUGCACCCAGUCCUAUCAUUGCCUCUCCUUCAUGCGCUCCUACUCGUGAUCCUUCCAACAAAUCCACAAGAGCAUCUCCGUUGAUCAGAAAUAAUCGCAGUCGGACUGCGUCAAUAGCAGUCACACCCUCCCUAGUGACUGAGCCUACCAAGACUAUUCAAGCCAGGCGUUCAAUCGGCCAAAUGUUGUUAUUCCGUCGUCCCUCGCAACUCAGAGGUGAUGAUUGUAUUGACGGUCAAAAUUGUGAUUUACAACCGCAAGAAGAAGAAAAAGAAGAGUUGCAAACUUGUGUUGGCAGCGACACCUCAGUCACCAGUACGAACUACUUUGGGGACCUAGGUAGAGCUUCCCAUUCACUGAACCGCGGGUUCAAUUCAAUGGACGAUAUCCAUGCCAGGCAUCAGUUCGUAAAAGAUGGUAGCCAGCCAUCUAACGAAGAGUCGAACACUCCUGGAAAAUUUUCACACUCUCCUACUCCGCACCUGUCCCACGAGGAUUAUUCUACUCAGCAGACCAAUAACUCCGCAGGAGCGAGUACGAGUGCACAUCGCCCCAAAGGCUUGCUGAAAUUGGUUAAAAGCCAAUCGAGUCUGCGAGAAGCUUUUUUUGGCGCAAAACGAUCUCAAAGAAGCCAAAGCGUUCAAUUAGAUCGGAUCGCUACCAACGGCUUGCCGAAUUUCACUCAGGUGCCUCACUCAAGCCAUAAAGUGGCGUCUACUCCAGGCGAUCAACCCACUGUUAAUGCGCCAAGAAGCAGCUCUGAAAGCUGGCAAGGUUCUUUCUCAACUUACCAGAUGGGAAAAUCCGUCAACCCCGACCCGAAGAUCGAGGUUCCACUGGAGAGGAAAGAUGAUAACGCAGAGCACCAUCCGAAACGAGGAAGUAUUCAUCAAUCAGCCGCAUUGAACAUCUUUAAGUUCUGGAAGAAGAAGAGCAAGAAUGAUGAACCAGUCAAACCGAUUUCUAACAAGACAGAGCCUCUUGAAAAAAUCAACAAGAAGAGAGAUAUGAAAAAGAGCGGGACGAUGAAGGGUGGCCGCCCUUCUGUGCGGAUUGAACAAAUCUCAUCACCAAUCUUGAGCCAAUCUGUAGGGUCGAGAAAUAACAGUAUUAACACACGUCCCUUGUUGUUGAGUCCGAAAUUCAAGGAUAGUGAUCCGAAGUCUUAUAACCACAAGCCUUCCGGUGACAAAGAAGAUACUCUCAUGCACAAUUCGCCUCUCUCUCCGAGUUCGUUCGCCGACAAAGAUUUGACCGUAGUUUCUCUCAUGGAAUCUGCCCAAAUCCAAAACUUCACUCAGGCUUCAAAUCUUCAUCUCCCUAAACCUCCACGACCGCCAAGGAGAAGACCAGUGAUGAUGGCAACCUUGUGAAACUCACCCUUCUUGAACAUCUUGUGAACUCUCUGAUAUGACCCUUCUUGAACCUUUUUGUUUCGUUCUCCUUUUGUCCAAAAUGGCUUCUCUGAAUUUUACCAAUCCCUCAAUGUCU